AUGGCGGGUCUUGUGGCUGCUGUCCGGAUGUUGCUGUUGCUGCUCGUGCUGAUUUUGGUCGGGUUCUCCUUCUACAACACUCUGAGCAGUUCGGAUCGCAGCGUCGUGGUGCCCGCGGAUGCAGUUGUGCAGCCAGACAAUGAACCGCCACGCCCACACGUGCGACGUGGCAAAACCCGUGCCGCCAACAGAGUACAACAAGCUCAGCGUCAGGUCCGUCAGGAACUGGAGCAAGAAGUGCAGAGAGCCACGGAAGCCCCACCCAAACGCAAAAAAGUGCCGCGCGCCCCCACCACCACGCCACGCCGCGCAGCCCCCACCGCAGCCAAGGUGUCAUCAGAUCGCCGAAAGCAGCUCGAGCUGCAAAAGCAGCAGCAGAUUGAGCUGCAGCGCCGCCGUGCAAACUACACCAGCAUUGAUCAGCUCUACAACGAAUUUGACGCCCAAGGCGUGGUCUCUGACAUUUUACACUUAGGUCCCCGCCCGACCGUCAAUUUUUUCGCGGGCCAACCGCUCAAUGCGACAGAGCGCGUGUGGAUCUUCAGCACUGACUCGAACUAUCUGCGAUGCCUCACCCGCAAUGAUCACGACCAUGUCAUUCUGGAUCUUUGUCAUCCCAAUCACUUUCAUCGUCAGCAAUUGCUCUUCAAAGAUCAGUUUAUGGGCAACUUUGACCCAACGCUGGGCGAGUAUUGCGUGGGGCUUGACAAGAGCAACAUGGUCGUGACUGUACCUUGUCGUGCUUCAGACCCCACUCAGCAUUGGGAGUUUGUUGAUGGCAAGGGCUUGGUCAAUCAGCACCGCGGGCUGUGCAUGGUGGACAACGAAGGCUUUUCGCAGUGCUCUGUUGCGCCCUGUAACGCCAGCGCUUCGCAGUGGUUUAUGCGCGUGACCAAUGAUAUCAUGCCUCACGCAGACAACUGGGCACGUUGGACUGCGACCUUCAAAGAGCGGCGCCAAGCCGCUAUCGAUCAGACCCGCCCCGUUGUGCAGCGUGCUCUGGAGCGAGUCGCCGUCAGCCGCGCUGAGCCUGUACCGGAGACCCGCGUCAAUCGUCGAGUCGUCGUGUUCUUUCAACCCCCCAAAUACCUGGCCGUGUACACUCAAAUUCGCUGGUGGCUCCUGGCCUGGCGCGAGCUGCGACUCAAUCAGCCUGAUCAAAAGUUUGACGUUCUCAUUUAUGGUGAUAUCAAGAUGCUAGCCAACAUUACGCGUGACUUUAAAGAGUGCGAGCAAAAACCUCUCGACCCCACCCUGGCCCCACCGUCUGAGUCGAGCGCUGGCGUGUGUUGGGUCAUUCCUUUUGUGGGUGCUUCCCAACGUCACCCCGAGGAAUACGACGGCUGGUUCAACAGCAUCGAAGUUUUGGUCAACGAAAACACGAGGCCAUUCUUGCGUCAAUGGACCCUUUUGCUGCGAGCCGACGCCGACACGUUUCCCACGCCUCGCAUGCGUGACUUUUGGGUCGAUGCCACCCACAUGGGGCGUAACGCUGGGUACAACAAUCGUUACUCGCAGGCCAAGCUGGCUGAGGCCGCGGCAGAUGCCGGGUUGAAGUACAUCAACGAGAUGCACUUUGCCUCCUCUUUCUAUGGACCUGUCGACACGGUCUUGCGAAUCAGCGAUUUGACCAUGGCAGCGGGGUUGUAUCUACGAAAGCACCUCUUUUCGCCUGGCCUCGGUUGUCGCCUGCCCAGCUUUCUUCGUCCCAGGGGCACAAACUGUGAGUGGGGUUCUGGCCUUUGGGAGGGUGUCAUGCUUCUCUAUUCGCAGGAGGUCGCGGUGAAUCACCUUCUUGGUACCAACGACAACAUUGUGAGCUUCAAGGGGCCGGAAAUGGACGUGCCCACCGGGGGCAAGGAUAAUAUUUGCCGUGCCCGCAUGUUCCACGUGUAUCAUAUGGACGAUCGCUUCAGCAAGCACCACUUCAUCGUGGGCAAUUACGCCAAACUUGACAUGAUCGAUUACGAUUUGCGUACCACGGCUGAUUACUGCACCUGGCUGGCCCUGACAGCCAAUGAUCAGGGCUUGAACGGACCUGAAGUGUAUGCCAAGUUCAACAACGAUCUUUCCAAGCUGUGCGACUGAUCCUAAAGACUUGUGCUUUACUUCUAUGGGGCUCAACAUGGGCAUCAAGCUGGUGAUGCAGCCACUGAUGCGCCGUUCAAGCAAGACAAGGCACGGCCUGUGAGGCCUGCCUGUCUAGAUUGUUUUUCUCCACCCUUUCUGCCCUCGGACCCCCUUCCCCCGUAUCGUAUUUAUGGGCAUGAGUGCUUGCCUUGGGAGUCACCGUGCACCAACACAGGAUCUUCAUGGCAAGCAGCUUUGAUGAAACCUUGUCGAGGCUACCGCGUGUGUUCUGAACGGUGGCUUCCCAACCAUCGACCUGUGUUGGUAGCGUGGCUGCCUGCUCAAAUUUUACACUGUCAUUCCGUA